UGUAAAAACAGCUGAUCGAUUAAAAAAGAGUAAUCCUAACAACAAUGGCAAUGAUUUGUUAAAGAUAUUAAAUGUUGAUAACCUAUCUCUGAUAUUUUUUUUAUGUUUAGAAGCAUUAAAGAAUAAUUAUUAAAAAAUCACUAGUGAUUGAAACAUAAACCAAUUUAAAGUUGCGAUAAAAUUCUUGUGACUCAUAUUUCACUCUUUGUUUGGAAUUCACUGAAGCGUUACGUUUAAAAUAUUAUUUUUCUUUGUCUAAUUCUAGAAAUGGAGUAAUUAAUUGAAAAUAAAUCUAGUCAUUUUUGUAUUAUUAACUAAAGUGCGUACUUUAUUAUGGUCCUGGUUUAAUUUUUCAAUAACGAUGGCUCGUGCAAAUUUAAAAAACUGGCCUAUUUUGAGUUUGCUUGAUAAUGAAUUUAUCAGUCAAAUUCAUUCAGUACUAGUAUUUGGUUCUCUAGAGAAUGAAGUUCUUAUCAUUACAAAAGAUGACAAAAUUUAUGCCUUGGGAAGUAACACAUCGGGUUGUUUGGGAACUGGAGAUUCUCACAGUACAUUGCAUCCGGUAAAAAUAGAAGCAUUGUGUCAGAAAGGCGUAAAAACGUUUGCUUUUGGGGUUGGUCCUCAUGUAUUAGCACUAACUAACAAAGGCGAAGUUUACUCUUGGGGUCACAAUGGAUAUUAUGAGUUGGGUAAUGCGUCAUCUAAUCAGAAUCCUAUACCAACCAAAGUUGCAUCUAACUUUGAAGAUAAGCCAAUAGUUGCUAUUGCUUGUGGCAGUCAUCAUUCAUUGGCAGUCACUGAAGAUGGAGAGGUUCAUGGAUGGGGUCAAAACACAUGUGGUCAAGUAGGAAGUGGAAUAAGCACCAACCAAAAUACACCAAGAAAAAUAAAUUCCGGAUUAACAGGGAAAAAAGUCGUUCAAAUAGCCUGUGGACAGACUUCAAGCAUUGCAGUGACGAAUAAUGGAGAAGUAUAUGCUUGGGGGAAUAAUAGCGUUGGCCAAUUAGGCAUUGGAACGUAUAUAAAUCAAUUAAGUCCUCAAAAAGUUACUGGCCUGACAGGAAUAGUAAUCGCUAAAGUUGUAUGUGGAUAUUCUCAUACAAUGGCUUUGAGUGAUGAAGGUGAUGUUUAUGUUUGGGGUGGCAAUGGAUAUGGUCAAUUAGGUUUAGGAACAAAAACAAAUACUUGCCAACCACAGAAGUUAUCAAUGCCAGAAAUGGGAAGAGUAUGUGAUAUAGCAGCUGUUCAUUGCAAUCACUUGAGUGCGGCCUUGGCGGAAGGAGGGAAAAUCUUUAUGUGGGGUCAAUGUCGAGGUCAAACAGUGAUAACACCUACUGUCACACCUUUACUUCAUUUACAUGAUGUAUUGGCUUGUUAUUCAACUCCAAGUGUUAUGCAUGAGCCUUUUGUGCUUUACUCCGAAGACGAGACAAGUAUUUUGGAUUGUUUGAAGCAAGCUUUUGAUGAUCCUACUAAUAGUGACUUGACAAUACAAGUUCAAGGCAAACCAAUUCAUGUACAUAAAUCGGUGCUUAAAAUUCGCUGUCAAUAUUUUCGAUCAAUGUUUCAAGAGCAUUGGACGGAAAAUAACCAAUCAGUUAUUGUACAUGAUGAUUUCUCUUACGAAGUUUAUAGAUCAUUUCUACGAUAUUUGUACACAGAUGAAGUAGAUUUACCACCUGAAAAUGCUUUAGAAUUGAUGUAUCUGGCAAAUGCUUAUUACGAAACUCAAUUGAAAGGAAAAUGUGUACAAAUGAUCCUAAGAGGUAUCUCAAUAAAAAAUGUUGCUUUUUUAUAUAAAACUGCCAUUGAAUACUGUUCUCAAGAAUUGGAAGAUUUUUGUUUUAAGUUUGCGCUUAAUCACAUGACCGCAGUCAUUCAAACUUCUAACUUUGCGAAAUUAGACGAAGCUACAUUGAAAACUUUUAUUAUAAAAGCAGCUCAAGCAGGUGCUUUUAAAACUUGAAUAAUAAAUUUUAAGAAAUGCGAAAAAUGGAAAGAAUACACAUUUAUGGUUACAUCUUCUAUUUUAAUCUGUAAGAUUAUAAUCAGAUUAAUGCAUUUCGUAUAUUUUGCAUUUUUUAUCCUAUUUCAGUGCCAAAUAAUCAAGUAUAAGCCUGAAUUAUUUUUUAUUUUUAUUUAUUUCUUAUUUUAUACAUGAAAACAAAAAAAAAAUGUUCUUUAACUCAAUAAUAACUAUUUUAAUACAUAAUUAUCAAUUAUGUAAUAUAAUUAUUAAUAAAACUAGUAAAGAAGGAUCUAAAUGAUGAGGUGUUUUGCGUCAUGAAUAUUUUUUUAGAAAGAUGAUAGAAAAAUAAUUUUUUCAAAUUU